CGAGAGCCAUUUCCAUUACCGAGAGAAGGAACCGAACGCAGAACAGGGGAGCUCGGGGAAAAUUUCGGAACUCAAAUCUUAAGCUCUAGUGAUCCAAAAAUCCCGAAUUUCUUGAAUUCCCGAUAAGCCAAAUUAGGGUUUCGGAGUAUCCGAAAGCCGGAUUGAGCCCAAAUUUCAUAUACGAGCUUACUGCAGCGAGG